AUGCCGCUAACCCGUCGACAUCAACAACAAUUAUCUAAAGUUAAAGCAACAGAAGAUAUUCCGCCAAGUUCAUCUUCUGAUUCAAUCGAUAAUAACAACAACUGUCAUAAAGACAAAAAUCGACGAGGCAGAAGCUCACCAAGCAUAGAUACAAGAGCGUCAAUGGUUGACGUAGCUAAUUUUAUAAAUGUGCUCAAAAAUUUACAUCCUGUUUACAAUAUCACACCUAUCAUUGAGAAAGCAUUAAACGAACUAAGAGCUCAUGAAGAGGAAAUUCGGAUAGUUCAUCGCCAUAAUCAACCACAAGUCACGUCUAUGCCUAUCAAUUUUAAAGAAUAUAACGAUAAUGAUGACGAUAAUAAUACAAUUGCUAAUAGUAAUACAACUGCUGCGGAUGUUAUAAAUAUGUUGCAAGACACAAAUUUAAGAUUACAGUAA